AUGUCACAGCACAGACAACAAUCUUGGAAGCCUCCAGAGGCUUCCAAAUGCUGCCCUCCCCGGGGCCAGGGCCCCUCUCUGCCUCCCUGCUCAGCUUCCUGUGGGUCCUCUAAUUCAGGAGGCUGCUCCCAAAGGCCCAGCGCCCAGAGCUCCACUUACCCCAGGAGGGCUCGGCGCCCAAAGCCCCCCUGCCUCAGCGGCGGCACCAUCUUGCCCUGCCGGGAGAAGGAAUGCUAA